AUGAUUUUAGAAUACAUAUCUGCUGCCAUUUUGAUAAGUGUAUCUCUCUUUAUUAUUAAGUUAAUUUUCAUUUUACCGUUUUUCAAAAUUGAUUCAAAUGAUACUACAACUAAAGAUUCAGGUAUAAUUGAUGGUAUAAAGAUUAGAAAUGGUAAAAAUAUAGAAGUAUUUAUAUUUCUUGGAUCUGGAGGUCAUACUGGAGAGAUGAUAAGAAUCCUUCAAAAUUAUAAAAAUAUACUAUUAGAUGGAUCAAAUGUGAUGCAUGUAGGAUACUCAGAUAUGGAUUCAUAUAAUAGGUUCAAAGCUAUGAUGAAAGAAUACAAAUGUAAAGUUAACUAUUAUGAAUUUGUAAAAGCAAGAAAGGUUGGAGCAGGAAUUGUUUCAAGCAUAUGUAGCAUAACUAAAACUUUACUAAUGUCAUUAAGAAUUAUUUUUCAAAUAAGGAUAUCAAUGUUGAAUAAACCACAUUUAGUUUUGCUAAAUGGUCCUGGAACGUGUUGCAUUAUAGCGCUAUACUUUAAACUCAUUGAGUGGCUAUCUUUGGUAACUGAUAGCCCAAAUAUCGUAUACGUUGAAUCUUUGGCACGAAUUGAUACCCUAUCCUUGAGCGGAAAGAUUUUAUAUUGGUUAGCAGACGAAUUUCUAGUUCAAUGGAAAGAAUUAAAGGAAAAAAAUGCUCCUAGAGCAAAAUUUUUUGGCAUUUUAGUAUAA